AUGGAAAGAUAUGGAGCUGAUUCUGGAUCUGAAGAACAGGUAGCUGAGGGAGAAGAGCGAGUCUCAGCCGAGAGGCUCCCGCCUGAAUUAUGGCUUCGAAUAUUGGAAUUGGCCACGGACAUAGUACCAGGAGCCGUUGAGACGGAAACCCUUGAUCCCUUCCAACCGUCAGCACCGCUGCCUAUGUUUGAAGACCAAGCCGCAUUGCUGAGAUCUCUGGCGAUCAAGCGCUCCUUGGUACGCGUCUGCCGUCAAUGGAGAGCCCUUGCGACGCCAUUCCUUUACAGGAUCGUCAUCGCGAAAGGCCAGCAGCUCUCGCUUUUGCACCGUACUCUUAUAGCGCCUGAUGCGCCUGAUCAUGCGGAUAGAGCGCGAUCACUGCGAAAAUACGUUCUGCGGUUGUUCUAUUUCCUUAAUCAACUCGAUCACGACUACGAUUCCACCAAUCUGGCCGCGGUCAUUCUCGCUCUCCCAAAUCUAAUAAGCUUCACUUUGCGAGGCGGUGUUCCUACUCGGUCGCGAACGGACCCGCAUGAAAGUGUGCUAUCAGCGUUAAAAGAACGCGGCCCUACUCUCCGGGUCCUUGACUGGGUUGAUUGUUUCGCCUUCACUCGUAGCUCAUCUCAGAUGAGAGAACUGCUCUCGGAUUUGGCGGAAUUACGGAUCCUCAGGCAGGGCCCUCUGCCUCCCGUUACCGCCAAUUCCACACAGGUUUCUCUUCCAAAACUCGUUGUUCUCGCCUUCGAUCCUUUCAUGUCAAGCGGCUCCUUUUCUCCAGCCUUUGAUAACUUCGCGUCCCUUCGAGAGCUGCAACUGCAAGAGACCGCGGAAUUUCCAUACAAACUUCCUGCGCCAGUCGCUGCGCAGAUUACGCAGGUGACUAUAUGGUUCAGCUAUGAUUACCAAGCCGUCCAGGAUAUCAUCCGAAUAUUUCCCAAUCUCCGACACCUUGUCAUAUGGUACGGGGUAUGGUACGACCUCCCGCCGAACGGCUUCUCUCUCUGCAAUGUCGAGUGUCUGGGUCUGGGUCGAUAUGGCCGGCGGGAAGUGGAGGACGACGGCGUCCUGAACGAAUUCCUUGAUUGCUUGUCUGUCAUGGACCCACCCAAACUUACUCUUCUGCGAUUUCUUGGAACAAACGAGUGGCCGGGGUGGCAGGACGAGUGCCCUCAGACGUGGGCACGGUUCCAACGACUAGCAGGGAGCAGUAAGUACCGGAUCGAGAACAGUCUUGGUGAAGUCGUACAUUGA